CUAGAUCGCUCCUUUGAUGUCCUUAAAAAAUCCAAGCAUCCCUCAACGUUCCUUGGUGCAGGCCGGCUUUCCGAUUUGUUGAAUGGAGAUGACGAAGUCUAUGCUAACUGUAUGGUAAUAGAUCAGGUUGGCGAUUUGGAUAUCAACUAUGCUAACACAGAGGGAAUCACUGCCCAAACCAGCCCUGAAUCCACGGGUUCCACGCUGGGCUCCAGCCUUGAUGCCCUGGAUGCUGACAGCGAAAGCGAGGGGCAGUCUGAGCAGUCACGCGUCUGUUACACCCCGGCCACUCAGAGUUCAAGAGCUGGGAUUCCUAGUGGGGAUGAAUUGGACUCUUUUGAGACCGGCACUGAACUGGAUUUGAAUAUCUCCAGGGCUGAAUCACUUUCUCUGUCAAGUAAUCUGCAGUCGAAGGAAUCAUUGCUUUCUGGAAUACGCUCACGUUCUUAUUCCUGCUCAUCGCCCAAAAUUUCUUUAGGAAAAACUCGGUUAGUGCGUGACUUUACAGUGUGCAAUUCAAAUGAAGAGCAAAGAGCUUACAGCUUACCGGAGCCACCAGAAGAAAAAAGAAUCCAGGAAGAAGAAUGGGAUAAAUACAUCAUACCUGCCAAAGCAGAGUCUGAAAAAUAUAAAGUGAGCCGAACUUUUAGCUUCCUCAUGAAUAGGAUGACUAGCCCGCGGAAUAAGUCAAAGACGAAAAGCAAGGAUGCCAAAGACAAAGAGAAAUUGAAUCGACAUCAGUUUGUCCCAGGAACAUUCUCUGGGGUUCUACAGUGUUUGGCUUGUGAUAAAACGCUCCUGGGGAAAGAGUCCUUCCAGUGUUCCAACUGUAAUGCAAACGUCCAUAAGGGUUGCAGAGAUGCAGCGCCUCCAUGUACCAAGAAAUUCCAGGAGAAAUAUAACAAGAACAAACCGCAGACCAUCCUUGGAAAUUCUUCAUUUAGAGACGUCCCACAGCCUGGUGUCUCCUUGCCCCCUUCCUCCUCCAUGCCUAUUGGAUUGCCGGCUGGAAGGAAGGAACCCGCAGGGCAGGUCCAUCCGUUGUCCAGAAGUGUCCCGGGCACCACCUUGGAAAGCUUCAGGAGGUCAGCAACAUCCUUGGAGUCUGAGGGUGACAGCUGGAGAAGCAGGUCGCAGUCCGAUGAGCUGUUCCAGUCCAUGGGCUCUUCUCCCUCCACGGAGUCUUUCAUAAUGGAAGAUGUUGUGGAUUCUUCUCUGUGGAGUGACCUCAGCAGUGAUGCCCAGGAGUUUGAAGCAGAAUCUUGGAGUCUCGUGGUGGAUCCCUCAUUUUGUAGUAGACAGGAGAAGGAUGUUAUCAAAAGACAGGAUGUCAUUUUUGAGCUAAUGCAAACAGAAAUGCAUCACAUCCAGACCCUGUUCAUCAUGUCUGAGAUCUUCAGGAAAGGCAUGAAAGAGGAGCUGCAGCUUGACCACAGCACUGUGGAUAAGAUCUUCCCCUGUUUAGAUGAGUUGCUUGAAAUCCAUAGGCAUUUCUUCUAUAGCAUGAAGGAGCGAAGGCAAGAAUCUUGUGCUGGCAACGACAGAAAUUUUGUGAUCGACCGAAUUGGAGAUAUUCUGGUACAACAGUUUUCAGAAGAAAAUGCAAGUAAAAUGAAGAAGAUAUAUGGAGAAUUCUGUAGCCAUCACAAAGAAGCUGUUAGCCUCUUUAAAGAACUCCAGCAGAAUAAAAAGUUUCAGAAUUUUAUUAAGCUCCGAAAUAGUAAUCUUUUGGUUCGACGCCGAGGAAUUCCAGAAUGCAUUCUGCUGGUCACUCAGCGUAUCACAAAAUACCCUGUCUUGGUGGAAAGGAUCCUGCAGUACACAAAGGAAAGAACUGAAGAACAUAAAGACUUAUGCAAAGCUCUUUGCUUAAUUAAAGACAUGAUUGCAGCAGUGGAUUUAAAAGUUAAUGAAUAUGAGAAAAACCAAAAAUGGCUCGAGAUCCUAAAUAAGAUUGAAAACAAAACAUACACAAAGCUCAAAAAUGGCCAUGUGUUUCGGAAGCAGGCACUGAUAAGUAAAGAAAGGACACUGUUACACGAUGGCCUUGUUUACUGGAAAACUGCUACGGGGCGUUUCAAAGAUAUCCUAGCUCUCCUUCUAACUGAUGUGCUGCUCUUUUUACAAGAAAAAGACCAGAAAUACAUCUUUGCAGCUGUUGAUCAGAAGCCAUCAGUUAUUUCUCUUCAGAAGCUUAUUGCUAGAGAAGUUGCUAAUGAGGAGAGAGGAAUGUUUCUGAUCAGCGCUUCAUCCGCUGGCCCUGAGAUGUAUGAAAUUCACACCAAUUCCAAGGAAGAACGAAAUAACUGGAUGAGAUGGAUCCAGCAGGCAGUCGAAAGUUGCCCAGAAGAAGAAGGAGGAAGGACAAGUGAGUCUGAUGAAGAGAGGCGGAAAGCUGAAGCAAGAGUGGCCAGAAUUCAGCAGUGUCAAGAAAUACUUAGUAACCAAGACCAACAAAUUUGCACAUAUUUGGAGGAGAAGCUGCAUAUCUAUGCUGAACUUGGAGAACUGAGUGGCUUUGAGGAUGUCCAUCUAGAGCCCCACCUCCUCAUUAAACCUGACCCAGGAGAACCUCCCCAGGCAGCCUCACUCCUGGCAGCAGCACUGAAAGAAGCUGAGAGUCUACAAGUUGCAGUGAAGGCCUCACAGCUGAGCGAUGUAAGUCAGUCACCCGAGGAAGGUUGUGGAGAAUCUGUCUUGACCGACACGCUCACUUCUCCUGACAUACCAGGAUCGCCUCCUGCUUCACUAGUCACAGAAGGGACAGAAAGAAGAGGCUGUUGGGAUGUGGAUCCCGGGAUCCAGGGUGUGGUAACCGACAUGGCGGUCUCUGAUGCGGGGGAGAAGGUGGAAUAUGGAAGUUUUCCAGGUUCUUCACAGUCAGAGAUUAUACAAGCAAUACAGAAUUUAACCCGCCUCUUAUAUAGCCUUCAGGCAGUUUCAACCAAAAACGCUGGGUCCUGUCAUCAGAUACCUCUCCACAAAAGCAGCAAGGAUUCUUGUAAAAAUGGCUCCAGUAUGAGAAAGUGCAGUUGCUCACUAAUGUCUCCCUCAGGACUGUGGACUGGAAUCAUACCCACCUUGAAAGGAGAAUGUGAUUUGGACACCUCCCAGACUGAGUCCCCAACCCCCCACGUCUCAAAUGCACACUGCCCUCAGCUGCAGACAAUUAUGGCAGAAACAAAGCUCAAUCUACAGACAGUGACGAGACAAGAUGGGGAAACUGGAGACGGAACUGAAGAAAAUAUUGUUUACCUCUAAUUGCAUCGUCAUGAUUUUUCCAAACAAAACAGAAACACUGGCACUUUUGGGAGAAACUCCUUUUUUUUCCCAUUCCUUAUGUGUGUGAUUGUCUGUGUCCAAAUUGCUUUAAGAAUAAUGUUUAAUAUUUCAUGCAAGUUCAUUUUUUUGGCAUGAGUCUAAUUAUUAAAUUAUUGAAAGCAGCUCUGUUUGUAUAAUCUUUAACUUAUCACACCUAAUUUCAGAUUUCUGCAGGGGAAACUAACUUGAAUAAGCAGAAAUGUUUUAAAAGUUGUUUUGAUUCUGGAAUAAAAUUCCAUACUGCAUUUUCUACCAGAUCAUCUGUAUUUCAAAAUGCCUUGUAAGAUCUAGAUGGAGCAAUUUGGAUUGAAAGAGUGAUAUUCACAAGGGGUGGACUUUCACAGUUGCAGCAGUUGCUAAUCAAGAAAGGUCUUAGUGCCCAAAAACGCAGAGGAGGACAUGGGAAGGCCUUUUCCUGGCUAGUUUUUAUGUGCUAAUUGCUCUUUGGAGCACCAAAGGUGGUGAUCGGUUAUAGUCACCAUUCAUGCUGCCUGGGCACCUGUCUGACCUGGUGACCACUCUGCUGGGGAAACAGUCUGGACACGCUUAGGACCUGGACCAAGUUCUUUGCAGACACACUUUCUUGUUCCUAAUGCUGGUGGGGUUUCAAGACACAGUUCAGCAUCAUCUUUCAACAUAGCCCAGAGGCGGGAGCUUCCAGCCAGUCCACUUUGGUGUAAAUGGUGAAACUCUUUGAGAGCUCUCACUUCUGUCAGGUGGCCUGUCCCUGCUGGCACCUGGAGCACCCACGGCCACCACCCAUGCAAAGGAGCUCUUCACUACCAUUCUUUAAGGACAGAAACUGCUCACUGUUGGUGAUGCUUUCUUCCUGGAUAUGCUUUUCCACAAAGGAAAACUGGCACAUCCUACCUUCAGAGUAAUGUGCAUCUCCACGUGAGAAAAUAAACCAGGAAAUGUUUUCAUCUUGUUUUUCAGAAAUACUUGUGUAUGUUUUGGUCAGUGUCAAUAAAUAUCUUUUACCUCAUUA